AUGUCGCAAACCGCUACCCAAGACGGCGAACAUCGUCCAGAGGACCAGACCCAGCAAAAGAGCCCUGGAGCACCCGAUGGAUAUCCUAGCAUGCAGAAACGCAUCGUCAUCAUGCUGGCUGUCUAUCUUUCAAUAUUCCUGGUGACUUUGGACCAAAACAUCAUAUCCACUGCCAUCCCACGGAUUACCGACGAGUUCCAUUCUAUCGAAGAUAUCGGAUGGUAUGGGAGCGCCUACUUGCUCACCAUGUGCAGCUUUCAGCUUCUCAUGGGCAAGGUGUACAAGUUCUACCCAGUGAAACCGGUCUUCCUCUCUGGCAUUGUGCUGUUCGAAGUCGGCUCAGCAGUAUGCGGAUCAGCUCCGACCUCUGCAGCCUUCAUCGUGGGUCGCGCCAUUGCAGGCCUGGGAGCUUCGGGCAUGUUCUCAGGCGUCAUGGUCAUCAUGUUUCACACCGUUCCAUUGCAGCAACGGCCGAUUUGGCAGGGUGCCUUUGGAGCUAUCUUUGCGGUUGCGUCUGUCAUCGGCCCUCUGGUCGGAGGUGCCUUCACUGAUAGCGUUACCUGGAGGUGGUGCUUUUAUAUCAACCUCCCCAUUGGAGCGGUGGUCGUUGUCGUCACCACAUUCGUUUUGCGCCUUUCCAAUCAGAAGCUCGAUGCUCGCCCUCCAGGGCUCCUCGGGAAGCUGAAGCAGCUCGACCCAGUGGGCAACCUCGUAUUCUUCCCUGGUAUCGUCUGUCUGAUCUUGGCUCUCCAAUGGGGAGGAACCAAAUAUGCGUGGAACAACGCUCGAAUCAUCGUUCUCCUUGUGCUUUGCGUUCUUCUCUGCCUUGCCUUUGUGGGCAUCCAACUCUGGAAACAAGAAGAUGGCACCGUGCCUCCUCGGAUCGUCAAACAGCGCAGUGUGGCGGCGGCCAUCUGGUUCUCCUUUUUCAACGGUGCCGCACUCAUGGCCACUGUGUACUAUCUCCCCAUCUGGUUCCAAGCCAUCAAGGGCGUCGACGCCGUCAAAUCCGGCAUCAUGUUGCUCCCCUUGGUUCUGUCCUCGGUCGUUGCUUCCAUAUCCUCCGGCAUCAUCAUCAGCCGGGUGGGCUACUACGCGCCGUUCUUCAUCCUCUGCUCCGUCGUCACGUCCAUCGGAGCCGGGCUAUUGUCCACCUUUACCGCGACUACCGAACACCCGAAGUGGAUCGGCUAUCAGGUGCUUUUGGGCCUGGGUCUAGGAUUCGGCGCACAACAAGGGUUCAACGUCGUCCAGACCAUUUUGGACAAGUCCGACAUAGCCACUGGAUCUGCCGUCAUCAUGUUCGUCCGCUUCCUCGGCUCCGCCAUCUUCGUGCCGGUUGCCGAGAACAUUUUCCUCAACCGCCUCGUCUCCAAGGUGACAACAAAUCUGCCGGGCGUCGACCCCAGUGCCGUGACCAAGGCGGGUGCCACGAAUUUGCGGAACCUGCUGGCUGCUGGCGGACGAGACUUGCGGGUGCUUCUUGCGGAUUACAACGACGCCAUUGUCGACGUCUUCUACCUGAUCACGGCGACCUGCGCGGUGACCAUCCUCGGCAGUGUCUUUGUCGAAUGGCGCAGCUUGAAGGUCCGCGCAGGCGAGCAGGCUGGCAAAGCUGGGAACCCCAAAGAGAUCACCGAGCGGAAGGACGCGCAAGAUGUUUGA